GUUCAUAAAGGAAAAUAUGAAAUUAGAGGUAGAGGUAGAAAGGACACAGAAGGUAAGGGUGGGAGAAAAGAACACGAUAAUAAUCGCAACGCUGAAAUCGUGGAAGGAGAAGACGAGGGUAAUGAGAGAAAAAGGUAAAUUGGGGAAGGGAAUAUACAUAGAUAACGACCUAACGAAGAAAGAAAGAGAAAUACAGCGAAGGUUAAGAAGAAUAGCUAGAGCGAAAAGGGAGAAGGGGGAAUACGUAGAAAUAGGGGGAAUACGUAGAAAUAGGUUGCAAGAAGCUGAAAAUAGAGGACAGAUGGUACAGGUGGAACGAAAGCGAGGAGAAACUAGAGGAAGAAAGAAGGAGAGAGGCGAGAGGUUGAGAUAAGGAGAAAGAAAGGGGGGACAUAAAGGGGUUGAAAAUGUGCUUCUGGAACAUAGCAGGGAUAAUGAACAAGGACAAAGCGGUACAGGAAUAUUUAAGGACAUUUGACGUAAUCGGCCUCACGGAAAUAUGAACAGAGGAAAGCGAAUGGGAAAGGGUAAAGCAUAGACUGCCCAAGGAAUACGACUGGAAAUGCAGGGUAGCAAGGAGAGAAUGGAAAAAGGGAAGAGCAGAAAGGGGUAUAAUAACAGGCGUAAACAAAAAUCUGAGGGAAAUAGAGCAUAAGGAAAUUGGUGACGACGUAGUAGAAAGAAAAAUAAGGUACAAGGAAAAGACAUAUAGAAUAGUGGUGGUGUAUAAUCAGGGCACGAAAAGGACAUGGAAAGAAAUGGAGGAAGGAGUAGAGGGAAGGAAAGAGGAAGUGACGAUCAUAGGAGGAGAUUGGAAUGCAAGAACGGGAGAAGAGGGAGGGCUGAUAAACGAGGAACUAGGACAAGAAAAGAGCAGGAGAUCAAAAGACAAGACAAUAAAUACGGAAGGAAGAAUGCUGCUAAGGUUGCUGGAUGAAAGAGGCUGGACGAUAAUUAACGGUCGAGACAAAGAAGGAGACGAGUGAACCUAUGUGGGAGAGAGGGGAAAAUCAGUAAUAGACUACGCGAUUGGCAACCAGGAAGCGAUAGAGGAAAUAACAGACAUGAAGGUAGGAAAAAGAGUGGAGUCAGACCACAUGCCGUUGGAAAUAGAAACAGAGGGACCAGAGGUACAAAGAGAUGAGGAAAGAAAAGGAGAAGAGAGGGAGAGAAGGGAAUGGACAAAAGAAAGUGCUGGAAGAUAUUUAGAGGAGUGCAAAGACUGGGCAAGCAGGGGAAGAACAGUAGAGGAAAUGUGGGCAGAAAUUAAGAAGAAGAUAAACGAGGCAAUACCAAAGAAAAGAGUAAGGAUAAGGAAAUGGAGCAUAGGAGAAAAGGUAUGGUACGACAAGGAGUGGAAAGAAAGGAAAAGGGAGAUAAGAAGGAAAAUGACAAAAUUUAGGAAAGGAAAAUGCAGCAGAGAAGAAUUCAUAGAGGAGAAGAAGGAAUUCAAACAGUGGUGUGAACAAAGAAAGGAGAAGCAGGAAGAGGAAGAGAUGGAGAAACUCAAAAAGAUCAAAACAGAGCAAGAAGCAUGGAAAUACAUAAACAAAUAUAGGAGAAGAAGAGAGGUUGUAGACGAGGCGAUAAGGGAAGAGGAGUGGAAAAAUCAUUUUAUGGAAGCGUUAGAGGGGACAGAAAACAAAGAGGACAAAAGAACAGAAGGGUGGAGAGAGGAGGAGGAAUCAAAAGAGGAGAGAGAAGACAACAUAGAGAAGGAAGAGGUAAUACUCCAAAUAAGAAAAUUGAAAGAGAAAAAAGCAACGAGGGAAGAUGGCUUGGAAAACGAGGUAUGGAAGUAUGCGCCGAAGGAAGUGGGGGAGGCGUUAUGGGAGAUGUUAGGAAAAAUUUGGAAUGGAAAGGGGAUAUCCGAAGGCUGGAGAAAAUGUGUGAUAUGUCCGAUUUACAAGAGGAGGAACAAAGGGGCGGUGAAGAGCUACAGAGGGGUCACGCUAAUGGACACGGCAUACAAGAUCUAUGCAGGAAUUCUAGACGAGCGGCUGAAGGUGGAAAUCGAGGACAAGGUGGUAGAGAGCCAAUUCGGAUUUAGGAAAGGAAGAGAAGUGAUAGACGUAGUGUACGUACUGAACCAUAUAAUAGAUAAACAAUUGAGCGGGGAAAGAGGGAAGCUAUAUGCAUGCUUCGUGGAUCUAAAGUCAGCGUUCGAUAGGGUUAACAGGAAGAAACUGGGAGAGAUAAUGAGGAGAAUGGGGGUGAACGAGAAGUUAACCAGAAGGAUAGAGGAGAUAUACGAGGAGACAAAGAACGUAGUGAGGAUCAGGAACAACAACACAGAAGAGUUUUGGACGGUGAGGGGAGUGGGACAAGGGUGCCCGCUGAGCCCGGCGUUAUUUAACAUCUAUGUGGCAGGGCUGGAAGAAAUAAGGAAAUGAGGAAAGGGCAAGUAGGAGGCAUAGUGGUAGGAGACAGGAGGGUAUGGUCAUUAUCAUACGCAGAUGACAUUGUAUUGAUAGCGGACAGAGAAGAGGAGUUAAAGGAAAUGAUGAAGAGAUUUAAGACAUUCCUAGAGGAAGUGAAACUGGAACUGAGCACCGAAAAGACAAAAGUAAUAGUGUUUGAAAAGAGGAGGAACAAGAGGAGGCAAAGGAAAUGGAGAUGGGGGGAACAAGAACUAGAAGAAGUGGAUGAGAUUAGGUAUCUAGGGUACAUACUGCAAAAAAACGGGAGCGACGAGAAGCAUAUCCAAGACAGAAAAAGGAGGGCAGCAAUUGCGAUGAAGAAGACAUGGAGCGUAAGAGAAAGGAUAUUUAAAAGGGACUACAAGAGGAGAAUGAGGAUGUUUGAAGCACUGGUAGAGAGUGUAGCGCUGUAUGGAACGGAGCUGUGGGGAUGGAAUAUAGAGGAGAGACUGGACAGGGUAAAAAGGAGAUACGUGAGAUGGUUGCUAGGCUUAGACACAACAACGCCAAACUACAUCCUGAGAGAGGAAUGCAAGAUAGAGGAAAUUAGAGAAAAGGCACUGAAAAGAACAGUAAGGUACGAGGAGAAGGCCUUGGAAUCGAAGAAGGAAUUAGUGAAAGAAUGUAUAAAGGAGAGAGAAAGGAAAUGAGGAAAGGGCCAAAAAGGGAAAAGAGCAAGGAAAAGAUGAGGUUAGAGGAGGCGAGAGAAGGAAGGGCUCAAGGAGAAGCAGGAGAUAGACAAGAAAGGAUGACAGCGAACCAGAUCAUAGAAGAAAGAAGGAAAAGAGAAACAGAGAAGAGGGAGAAAAGAAUAAGGGAAUCUAAAUACAACAGACACUACAGAAACAUAGCGAAAGAAGGACUACCAAAGUACCUAGAAGGAAAGAUGAAAUGGGGGGACAGAAGCAUAGUAGGGAGAUUUAGAUGUGGCAACGAAACCAGGGCAAGAGAACACUGGAAAGAGGAGGGAGAAAGAGCAUGCAGAUUAUGCAAAAAAGGAGAGGAGGACCUGAAGCACGUAGUAGAGGAAUGCGAGAUUACA